UCCCUUAUCUCUUCUUCCUGACUUGUGUUAGUGCCUUCUCCAUUAUUUAUUUUCCCUUCUCCCCCAGCUCUGGGUGAUCUAUCAGAACCUUCAUUAUGCUUCUUCCUCUUUCCAUUCAGUUUGCAGACUUUAUCCGUGUGACCCCAUUUAUCACAGAAACUACACCUUGCUGGUAGCCAAGGGUAAUGAUAGACAAUCGUAAACUCUUUCCCUUCCUUAGAAAAAUCAAAAUCUCCCUUGGCAGCUCCUUCGAUUCAAUUUGUAGAUUACCAAACCGUUUAUAAACCAUAUCGAACCAAUCUUCUUUGUUGUAUUCGAUUUUGACGGGGAAAAAAGUAUGGUCAAAGUAAUACGAAAGAAGAUUAAACGUCACGGAGACGCUAUUUUGGAUUAUUAGAUUUCGAAGACGAACAUUCGUAAAAGGAUUCGAGUAUUUGCCUUAAUUGUGGAUUAUUUGUCAUCUUCAAGCCUUUACGAGAUCCAUCCAUCCAUCCAUCCAUCGUCCGCCAUGGAGGAUUCUUCCACGCCUACUGCUACGUCUUCGACUCAUUACUUCUCUAUUUUCACGAACUACCCUCUCAUCUCCGCCUUCACGGCAUUCGCCAUCGCUCAGUUCAUCAAACUCUUCACCUCCUGGUAUAGGGAAAGGAGAUGGGAUCUCAAACAGCUUCUUGGGUCUGGAGGAAUGCCUUCUUCUCAUUCAUCUACUGUUACCGCUCUCGCUGUUGCUAUUGGUUUGCAAGAGGGUUUUGGUGGAUCACAUUUUGCUAUUGCCUUGAUCUUGGCAUCUGUUGUUAUGUAUGAUGCUACCGGUGUAAGAUUGCAUGCGGGUCGCCAAGCUGAGGUUCUCAAUCAGAUUGUGUUCGAACUUCCUGCUCAACACCCACUGGCUGAAAGCAGACCAUUGCGCGAACUUCUCGGCCACACCCCUCCUCAGGUCGUUGCUGGUGGAAUGCUUGGAAGUGUCACAGCAGUCACUGGAUACUUGUUUACCAGGAUAGCUACUAGCUAACGUGAACCAACAAUCAUACCCACAACUCCUCUACCUAGUGAAACCCCUGAACAGUGAACAGAACCGAAAUACACUCUAGUAUAAAUAUUCUUAUUUUUUAAUGUUC